GUUUCCACUGUUCGGUGUAAAUCAUCUCAUUCUCGAGGAGCAAAGGAAAAAACCAGAGAUGGAACUUGGAAGAGAAACAACACAAGUCAGCCGGUGGGAUUUGAACUGAACAGAAAUGACGGCUUAAUCCGCACAUCCGUCAUCUAUGGUACGUAAAUCUUUCUGGGUUCAUAGCUUUGAGCUCAAUUCUGCUUUAAACCCACUAAAAUUCACGCUUCUUUGUCUCUUGGACGUAAAUUCUUGUCAUGUCUGCAACUGCAAAUGAGGGUCAUCAAUAGAUUUAAGUUUUGCGCUCUGAAUUCCAUCUUAGUCUUAAGAAAUUUGAUGUAUCAUUACAGUUUUUAGCCACCGUUUGCCAAUGACAUCCAUACCGUCGAAAAACGUAUGGAUUCGACGGCAACAAUGCCCUUGUGGGGAUUGGAAAUGCUAUGUUUCGUACGAUGGAGAGGGCGAAGAAACUUCUAUGGCAGCCCAGUUAGUUAAGUCCGAAAGGGUAUCAUCUGAAGCUAUGGUUGCUCCUUAUGUGGGUAUGGUGUUUAAGAGUGACAAUGACGCGUUUGAGUAUUAUGGGAAUUUCGCUAGGAAGAAUGGGUUUUCCAUCAGGAAAGAGCGAUCGAGACUUAGCCCACAAUUGGGUGUUUAUAAACGAGACUUUGUUUGUUAUCGUUCAGGAUUUGCACCUGCUAAGAAAAAGCCCAUGGGGGAACAUCAUAGAGAUAGGAAAUCAGUGCGUUGUGGGUGUGAUGCUAAGAUGUAUUUGUCGAAGGAAGUUAGUGAAGGAGUUGCACAAUGGUUUGUAGUGCAAUUCAGCAAUGUACAUAACCAUGAACUUCUUGAAGAUGACCAAGUUCGUCUCCUUCCUGCAUAUCGCAAAAUUCACGAGGCCGACCAAGAGCGCAUACUUCUGCUUUCCAAAGCCGGGUUUCCUAUUCAUCGUAUAGUGAAGGUAUUGGAAUUGGAAAAGGGCAUUCAUGGUGGCCAAUUACCUUUUUUGGAGAGAGAUGUCAGAAACUUUGUUCAAAAUCGUAAGAAGAUUGUUCAAGAACAUGAUGCAAUGCUAAACGAAAAACGGGAGAUUGAUACAAUGGAGCUUCUAGAGGCUUGCAAAGCCACAAAAGAAUCGGAUGAAGAGUUUGUAUAUGACUUUACGGUUGAUGCAAAUGAUAAAGUUGAACACGUUGCUUGGUCAUAUGGGGACUCUAUUAAUGCUUAUGGCAUGUUUGGGGAUGUAGUCUAUUUUGACACUACUUAUUCUUCAAUCACAUAUGGGUUACUAUUAGGAGUGUGGCUUGGCAUUGAUAACCAUGGUAGGACUAUUUUCUUUGGUUGUGUUUUGUUGCAAGAUGAAACGUCUCGUUCAUUUGCGUGGGCUUUGCAGACCUUUAUUCGUUUCAUGAGAGGAGCAUUCCCACAGACAAUUUUGACUGAUCUUGAUCCAGGGCUUAGAGAUGCCGUAAGAAGUGAAUUACCUGGCACAAAGCACAUAAUUUCCAGAUGGAAUAUUUUGUCAAAGGUAUCUAGUUGGUUUUCUCUUCCUCUUGGAUCUCGUUAUGCAGAGUUCAAAUCCGAAUUUGAUUUGCUGUAUUCUGUGGAGAGUUCAGAUGAUUUUGAAAUUCGAUGGGAUCAGAUGGUAUCAAUGUUUGGCCUCGUUUCAGACAAGCACAUUGAUUUACUAUUUUCUUUCCGGGAAUACUGGGUACCAUCAUACAUAAGAGGGUAUCUUUUAGCUCAAAUGGCAACAUCGGCCUAUUUCAAGGCUGUCGAUACUUUCUUGAAAGGAAUUUUUAGUGCACAGGCGUGUUUACGUAGCUUUUUUGAACAGGUUGGUAUUUCAGCCAACUUCCAGAGCCAUGAGCAUCAGGAGAUGCAGUAUUUGCAACAUGAAUUAGUGUUGGCCAUGCAGUAUGCUGCAUCUGAAAUGGCGGAUGGAUCGUACCUCAUACACCACUUCAAGAAGAUGGAUGGAGAGCGUCUUGUGAUGUGGAUUGCAGACAGCGAACAGAUUCACUGCUCUUGUAAGGAAUUUGAGUCCUCAGGCUUGCUAUGCAGACAUGCUUUACGCAUAUUCAUUAUAAAGAAUUACUUUCAGCUUCCUGAUAAAUACUAUUUAAGUAGAUGGAGGCGGGAAAGCUCUCUAGGCUUAAGUGAUGGUCAUGGUAUUGAGAGUAACGAUGGGGAUUGGUUUCAUGAAUAUCAACGCCUUACCGAGGCUCUUUUUGCAGAAUCUUCCAUUACUAAGGAACGCAGUGAGCAUGUCCGUAGGGAACUGAUGAAAGAGAUCACAAGGCUUCUUAACGAGAUUAGGAGAAUGCCCGAGAGUGAUGGGGUCGCAGCUAUGGAUUUGACUGAAUCACUAAAUGGCUAAUGCUUCUGGAAAGGGAUUGUUACGAAUUUGACAUUCUCCCAACUGAUUGUUCUUACAUUAGAGAUUGCUGGGCAUGAUUUUUAUAUCUGACAUUCAUCCAUAGUUGUCUGCAACAAUACCUCAUAUUGAGAAAAAACAAAAUGGCAGAAGAUGGUGAUAGAUGAAGUACGUUGAAUUCAUCUGUGUCGAUAUUUUGCACAUGAUGUAUUAUUAAGGACGGAAGAGAACUGCAUGCCUGGAAUUGUAAUGGUUGCACAAGCUGUCGAGUCAUUUUUGUGUACUGUAGAUAAGAAUGCGCCAGCCUGGUGGCUAGAGAGUAUCUAAGAGAUGUAAAGUUAUCAUUCGAGCCAGUCCAGCACUAUACAUUAUCACUAGCAUCUGGAAAAUUCAGCAUGCGUGAUUUUGAUUCAUAGAUGAAUGAUUCAUAUCAAUCUCUGAACGAACGGCUCUCCUAAUAGCAUGUACCUACAGUGACCAACCUUGGCUGCUUGCUUUAUAAAACUUGAACUGAAUGUUUUGAUCAUAGUUAGAUGAAUUGAGCAUCAUUCUUUCUUGAAUAUUGUAUGAGUGUUGGAUUGUAGAUAACUUUUUAAAUAUUAAUUUGGGACCUCUGUCAGACAGAUGGAAUUGGUCUGUA